AUGACACGUGGUUUAUUCAAUCCUAAACCUCUCGUCUUUGAUAAAUGUGACUUCAAAAACUGUAAAAUUACAACAGACAUGCAACAACUUUCCACAAGUGAAGCCGUUAUUUUUCUUCACGAUUCAUUUUCAUCAUUACCUAAAAAGCCAAAUGGUCAAGUGUGGAUAUUUGCUACUUUAGAGAGUCCAUAUUUUACAAUAAACCGAUUUAAAACUGAUCAAUUGAAAAGGAAAUUCAAUUGGACAAUGUCGUACCGAAAAGAUUCAGAAGGGUUUUCACCUUAUGCUCUUUUGAGGAAACAUGUUCAAAGUCCAGUAAAGAAUUACACUUCUAUAUACCUGAAUAAAACAAAAAACGUUGCGUGGGUCGUCAGCCGCUGUAGAACUCCAUCGAAGCGAGAAGCUUAUGUGAAAGAACUUUCGAAAUAUAUUGAUGUUGAUAUUUAUGGAAAAUGUGGGAAACCUUGCUCAUUCAAAGAAGAUUGUAAAACGCAUUUAAGCGAAACUCACAGAUUUUAUCUUUCUUUUGAAAAUUCAUUAUGCAAGGAUUAUAUGUCAGAAAAAAUACUAAGAAUAUACAAUAAUAAUAUAAAUUUUCUUCCAAUCGUUAGAGGUGCACCUAAUGCAGGAGAUUACCUACCACAAAAGACAUUCAUUUCUACGUCUGAUUUUGAGUCCCCUCGGAAACUGGCGGCGUUCCUUCAUAUGUUAGGCAGCAAUGAAACACGUUACAUUUCAUAUUUGAAAGAAAAAGACAAAUAUUUUGAUACUGUAAAUGGCUGUUUGAGAGUGGGAAUUUGUGACAUAUGUCAUCGUUUAAAUUAUAGAAAGCAAUACUCUAAAACCAUAAAUCUUACCAAAUGGUUAUGGGAAAAUCAGUGUCACAUGCCAAAUGACAUACACACUUAA